AUGAAUGAUGAAGCCAAUAUCUCCGUGAUCACGACGAAGCUGGUUGGUGAGGCUGAACGCGAGAAGAUAGAACAAGACCGCAACCGUGCGAUGGCAUCAGCCAUUACGGCGCAAAACCUCCUACGUCUAGUAAAGGAUGGCGCUAAAGCAGGAAAUGCUUCUACACUAUAUCAAAACCAAGGCUAUGGAGACGGAAGGUCCGUUGGGACGUCACGGUAUAUUUCUGAACGGAAAAGACAGCGCAUUUAUGCUCUAGAUGCACAACUCAAUGGGGACGUGGAACAUGAUAACAGUAUAAUGGAUUCAGAGGAUGAGGAACACACAGUAGCUCAGCUUGACGAAGAGGGGAGUUUCGUCGGGACGUCACGCUAUAUUUCGGAUCGAAAAAGAUACCGUCGCAUGUAUGCACUAGCUGCAUUGCUCAAUGGAGACGUGGAAAAUUAUAAUCGUAUCAUUGAUGCGUUUGACGAUGCACACCAACCCGAAGAGAUGAAAAUGUCUAAGAUGAAAAUGUCUGAGAUGAAAAUGUCUGAGAUGAGUGAAGAAGAGCGACGAAGAGUGAGGGCUAGGAUACUUCGUAGGAUUUGGAGGGAGCAGAAGAAGAUGGAAAGGGCUGGUGAGGAAAAGUAG